GAUUUAUAUAAACCAUAUCGACUCUUUUACAAAAUGUAACAAUUUAUCCUGACAUUUUAUGGUAUGUUAUUGUGUUUGUUUUCUUUUAAGUUUCUUUUUCGUUAUUUUUAAAAAAAUAUCUACAGUUUAACUAAAUUUAUAAUCGGUGGUGAAAUUAAUUUCCUACAAUAAGGAAUCGAAGAGUUGAUAUCAUUUAACAUCUUAAGAACCAGUUCAGAAAUGGAUUUAUUGGGAUAUCAAAAAUCUUUUGAGGAUUGUGUGAAUCAAUUGAGCGAAUUAUUUGGAAAUACCUUAGAUCUGGAUGUUAUAAGAAAGGUAGCAGUAGCUUGUAAUUACAACGUUAUGGAAUCGUCAAACAAGUUAAUAGAAAUGACUACUAAUCAAGGAGGUUUGUUAGACGGAUCGAAAUGCAAGAGUUAUUCCUCCGUAGCUCUAGCAAGUGGAAGUACUUUUACACCUUUGGUUAAUUCAUCGAGUUGUACUACAUUUCCUUCGGAUAAAUCUAAAAAAUUAUUAGAUUUCGAACGUUGUGUUGGAACUAUCAACAAAGGUUACAAAGUUAUGAUUAUCCUUAGAGGUUUACCCGGUUCUGGAAAAACUACUUUAGCUAAAAAAAUAUUAGAAAACACUGUGGGCUACGACUCCAAUUAUCAUUUACACAUUUUAAGCGCCGAUGAUUAUUUUUGUCAAAAUCCUCGCGGUAUUUACGAAUAUAAUGUAAGAAAAAUCGAAGAUGCUCACAAUUGGAAUCAAAAUAGAGCGUUUCAAGCUACUAGAAGAGGCUUUAGUCCUGUCAUAAUCGACAAUACAAACACGCAGAUGUGGGAAUUGAAAGCGUACGCAUCAAUGGCAAUAGAUUUCGGUUACAUACUGGAAAUAUUAGAACCAGAUACUCAUUGGUGUUUCAAUGAUAAAGAACUAGCUAAAAGAAACACACACGGUGUACCUAGAAGUAAAAUAAAAGAUUAUUUAGAUCGUUACGAGAAAAACAUUACCGCUAAAAAACUUCUAACGGCUUAUAAUCUAUAUUAUAGUUUACAAAAACCGCCGCAGAUGAGAUUGUACCCACCUCUUAACGUCACAGUUACAAAUAAAGUAGAAAAAUCACCGGAACCAAUAGACACGAUAAAUCUAAUGAAUUUCGACGAUAUCGAAGAAGAUAAACACGAAGAAAUCCAUAAUAAAUGCAACGGAAUUAAUAAAAACGAUAUUUUUUUGAUAAGCGACGACGAUGAUGAUAAAGAAGAAGAAAAAGUAAUUGAAAAUAAAGAUGAUUUGUACUCCCGAUGGGGGGUUAACGAGACGUCGUUAAAAUCUUGGGAUAUAGUGACUCCUUUACAAGAUGUUUUCAUUUCUAACGCCGCUUUAUUGCAGAUACCAAAAUCGAAGGAAAAUUCUCCGAAGGAAAUUAGCGAAAUUGGAAUUGGUACUGAAGAUGAAUAUUUCCGUUUAAUCAGAAACGAUAACGUUCUACCGGGUGUUUACGGUAACGUGAGAAUUAUCGAAACUAUCAAUCGAGAUAUAAAUUAUUUCAAUAACGAUGAUAAUAAGCCACCGAUGGUUUCUUUGAAAAUAACUUUGGAUAAAAGUUGUAUGACCGAUGAUAUUUACGAGGAUUGCGCUUUACAUUUGGCGGAAUUGGAGAAUUUGUUUCCUUCCGUACCGAAAAAUCAUUUGAGGUAUUGGUAUAAUAAAUGUAAGGGCGAUUUGGAAUGGACCAUUGAGUUUUUGUUGGAAGCCAAAGAUGAGGUUAGUUCUCUCAUUCGGGAAGAAGACGAAAUUGCAGACGAUGAUAACGAUAAAGAUGUCGAAAUGGCGGAAAGUUCCUCGGCGAAAUCCGAAAGUGUCGUUAGGAAAAGGUCGAGAAAAAUCUGCAACUCCGAUACAUCUCAAGAAGAAAAAAUCGAAAUAAAGAAGAUGCUGGAAAGUAAAUUCGACAUUGGGGGAGAACAUUAUUCGCAACAUUUGCGCAGAAUCAAACAAUACACGCUAAAAAAUAAUAAAUCUAACGAGACUCGUCAACCGUCCACUAGCGGGGUAAAUAACUUGGAAAAUGUUAGCCCCGAAAGUGAUAUUUGUGUGAUUAAAGUCGAUGACGUAAUAACCAUCGAUUCGGAUUCGGAAUUCGACGACAUAGACACCCCGUCAGAAACAUCUACGCCAGAAGAAACCAUAGAAUUGAAUCUUGGAGAAACUUUCGUUUCCCAAUUAGAAUCAAGAUUCGCGGAUCCGAAUAUAAAAUAUCCCAAAGGAUUAUUGCCGGUAGUUCAAAUGCCCGUCACAUUGGCCAAACAACUUUAUACUUUUUACAUAGAAAGCGUCUAUCAACAAAUGGAAAACCAACAAAAUAUAUUGGAAACUUUGGUAAAAGAAGACGAAGAAUUCGCAAGGAAAUUACAAGCUAAAGAACAAGAAGAAUUAGACGCUUAUAAACCGCCGCCGGUGCCUAACCUCAAAGAAAUAAUGGACGAUCAAAAGAGAGCUCAAAAAAUUUAUCAAACCGAAAUAGAAAAAUGGAAGAAUUUCGAUCCGGAUACAUUAGCCGAUAAAUUAACGAAACAAAAAUUAAUAAAAUCAUUUCCUACCGUACCGACGGACGUUCUACUCGAAGUAUUGCACGCUCACGAUAACAAAUACGUAGAUACCGUCGAAACGCUUAUAGCGUCGACGGGACCGGCGAAUGUCAAAGGCUCUACCGAUAUCGUUAAAGAACCGCCCAUCGAAGACGACGUCCUGAACGAAAUGAAAGAAGAGCAAAAGAAACAUUCUAACGAAACGUUAAACGACGAACAACUACAAGCCGAAGCUUAUCGAGAAGAAGCUAAUAAAUAUUUGAAAAAACGAACGGAUUUAUAUCAAAAAGCUCAAAAAUAUUAUCAAAAAGGCAUGACGGAAGUCGCCCAAUUCUAUUCGGGUCUAGCUAGUCUCCAAACUAUUUAUUACGAUCGGGCCAAUAGUAUGGCGGCGGCGGCGUUCCUCGACGAACAUUCGAAACGUUUACAGGAUUUCAAUACGUUGGAUUUGCAUUUUUUGUACGUGAAAGAGGCCAUUCCGGCGCUGGAUAUGUUUUUGGAUAGAAAUAUAAAUUUGUUGAGGACGAGCACCUCCAAUAAAAAAACCGAAUAUCUGCAAAUUAUUACCGGUAGAGGGAAGAGGAGCGAUAACGGAAUGCCGAAAAUUAAACCGGCCGUUAUAACGAGAUUGACUAAGAGAAAAGUCAAAUUUGUACAAUUAAAUCCAGGUUUGUUGAAAGUAAAAAUAGAAAAGUCGUCAUUAGUCACUAGUGAAUUAGCCUGAUGGUAUAUCGUACAAUUGACAAAUGACAAGUACAAAAAUUUCUAUAGUUAAUUAAGAAUUUUUUAUUAAAUCUUCAUUAUUUUCAAUUUUUUAUACAAAAACCAAAUUUUGUUUCAAUCCAUACCAGGACCGUACUUUUCCCUUUGGCCGAUUUAGUGCCUUCCAACCUUUAUGGUUUCAUAAAGUUACGAGGGGUAAAUGGGAAAUAAACGACGUUUAAUUAUAAGUAGGAUUUGUAAGCGAAUUAAAUAAUUUUAAUAAUUAAAAUAAGGGGAAACGGAAUUAGCGAAAAGAAAAUCCUUCGAUGGAAAAUUGUGUAAAUCCACCCCUGGAAUAUCGAAAGUUUUUUUUUACUUAUUUGAUCGAGGGAUAUUUUUAUUUUUGGAAUGUUCAAUUGUUUUUUAAUUAUGUAUAAAAUGUAAUUAAAAAUUGUGUAAAAAAAAUAGUUUUAUGACACCCACAUUGUUUUUAUGUUUAUAAUUAUUAUUAAGACUAUUUUUACGUAAAUAAAUAUUUGUUAUUACUA